UAAAUGUUCAUAUUGCAGAUAUGUGUAUAUAUGUUUGUAUGUACACUCAUCAGUCAAUUGCUUGUCAUUAAGUUGCGGCUCCUCACAUGGCCGCAACUCAAUGAUUUGUAUAUUGAUUAACCACUUGUUACAACCAAGGAAUGCAGAAGACCAUCUAUGGGCCACAGCAGCAGAGGACCACACCGGGUGCCGCUCCUGUCGGGUAAGAGAAAAGAAAACUGAGACUAAAUUGCAAUAGAAGAUUAUGUCUUGAUUGAGUCUUGAUUUCAGCUGUGACAUUCAGAGGGUAGGGUCAGAAUUUGGCGUAAACAACAUGUUCCGGCUGGUGGUGGUGGUGUCAUGGUGUGGGGAAUAUUUUCAAUAUUUUUGGGCCCUUUAGUGCCAAUUGAGCAUCUUUAAAUGCUGCAGUCAACCUGGUAUUUAGUAGUAUUGUUGCUGACUGCGGAGAUUCAAAGGGACAUUCUCAUCAUAGACAAAUCUGCAGCAACUGCGUGAUGCUAUCAUGUCAAUAUGGACCAAAAUCUCUUGAGGAAUGUUUCCAACACCUUGUUGUAUGUAUGACGCAGAUAAAUAAGGCAUUAAGGCUUUAAUUCCAGUUCCAAUGCAAACUAUUGUACUGUGGUUUUUGGAUCACAAUAUACCGGCUUGUAAAGGUUUUGAGAAGGAAAAAAAAGAAGAAAAAAAGGACUGAAUAAAUGCAACAGGGUGUGUGUGGCGGUGGUGGGAGGGGGGGUUUAAGGAGGGGGAGGAGUAAGGUGCAUUUAAGCGCUCCUCCACCUCUCCGGUCGGUUCUCCAUGCGCGCUCCACAUCACACGCACCUUCCCCCCCCGAGCUGCGCACCGGCCAAUGCUUCACGGCAGCUCCUCGCUGUGUGUCUGUCCCGUGCGUGGGAAGCGCAACACAAUCCAGGGCUUCACUUGAGUGCGUCCAAAGGAGCGACAACGAGGGUUGGAACAACCCCUCCCCGGUUUCACUUUGAGUCCGUUACACCUUCCCGUCGGACCGGAGAGACUCACGUUUCGUUACGGAGGACAGAAAGACGACGACCUUGGAGAUGACGAACCAGUCGCUGGUGGUGAACGACUCCUUACUGACUCCCUCGGCCGGAGGAUCUCUCCCGUGGAUGGAGACGGGUUCCCCGGAGCACAACGGCAGUCUGGACUUCUCCACCGACCCGUUGGACUUCCCCAUCAACCCGUGGGACAUUAUGCUGUGCAUGUCGGGCACGGUCAUCGCCUGCGAAAACGCCAUAGUGGUGGCCAUCAUCUUCUACACGCCGACGCUAAGGACUCCCAUGUUCGUGCUGAUCGGGAGCCUGGCCACGGCGGACCUGCUGGCCGGCAUGGGACUAAUCCUCAACUUCGUGUUCCGCUACGUCGUCUCCUCCGAGACGAUCAGCCUCGUCACCGUGGGCUUCCUGGUGGCCUCCUUCACUGCGUCCAUCAGCAGCCUUUUGGCCAUAACAGUGGACCGCUACUUCUCCCUCUACAACGCCCUGACAUACUUCUCGGAGAAGACGCUGCAGUACGUGCACCUGAUGUUACUGGGGACCUGGGGGGUGUCCCUGUUUCUGGGCUUGCUGCCGGUGCUCGGCUGGAACUGCCUGGACGACGCGGCCUCCUGCAGCAUCGUCCGCCCUUUGACCCGGAGCAACGUCACGCUGCUGGCCGUCUCCUUCUUCGUCAUCUUCGUGCUCAUGCUGACCCUCUACUUCAAGAUCUGCAAGAUCGUGUGCCGCCACGCCCACCAAAUCGCCCUGCAGCAGCACUUUUUUGCCACGUCGCAUUACGUCGCCACCAAGAAGGGCGUCUCCACGCUGGCCAUCAUCCUGGGGACGUUUGGUGCCAGCUGGCUGCCCUUCGCCAUCUACUGCCUGGUGGGCGAGAGGGAGUAUCCGUCAGUGUACACCUAUGCCACGCUGCUGCCAGCCACCUACAACUCCAUGAUUAACCCCAUCAUCUACGCCUAUAGAAACGCAGAGAUCCAGCGCUCCCUGUACGUGCUUCUCUGCGGCUGCUUUCAGGCCAACAAGGCCUACCGAUCCAGAUCACCAAGCGAGGUCUGAAUAGGGGCCGGGGCCUCUUUUUGUUUGAGCGUACGUAUGUGUGUGUGUGUGUGUGUUUGUGUGGAGGAAAAAGAUGGCGGGAAAAAAACACAAAUCCUGCUGUGACCGAUGACAAUUGGCGUACAGUCGACAGUGAACGCCGUGCAAACACAAAGAGGAUCCGGAGAUACAAAUGUGUGUCUCGCGCUCCUUUAAAUGCACUUUACUACGUCUCAACACGAGUUGGGAUGAGAUUUUAUUGUAAUGCUGUGAACAAGACGUCUGUGGAAAUAGACAAAACAAACCCGCGAAUGUACUUAAAUGAGCAUUGGAAUGGAAAAUCUUGCACUUUAGUCUGUGUUUUUUAAAAUGCCAAAGCAGUAUUGUAAAGCCCUUAUUGUGUUUAAACGUUUCAACUUGUGAGUACUGUGUGCACUUUUUCUAUUUUGUAUGGUAUUGUCUUUUGAUGUGCAUUUUUCUACAAUAGGAAUAAAAGAUCCAAUCCAA